AUGAAUAAUCAAUAUCUGAAGACGGUGAGUGACAUUUGCACAAAAAAGGAUGAGAUGGAAGCUAAAUUACGAUUAGUAAGAAUACCAACUGUACAAGGCGAGCUCGGAAUGGUGUUGAACGUAGCGCGCGCCAGAGACGUAGGCUUCGAAGGCCGCUCCAGCGACAAGGGCGAACGCUUGUGUGUCUCCGGGUCACCUGAUGGAAUGGGAAGGCUGUUGAUCUAUGGUUCACCUAGUCCCACCGAAAUGUCUACGGGAGCCAAAUCACAGGAAGCAGCUGAAGGAUCCCAUAUGGUCUUCCUCGCCGCGCAAAUACAAGAAUUAUGCAACUUCUUACAAGUCUUGAGCCAAGAACAACCGUAUGAACUCGAUUCCUACUCGAGAAAACUUAAUGAUAGCAGCAAGCGCGUAACAAGUACAUGCCGAAUUCUGGAGAAUGUUCACGCACGAUUAAUUGGACUACAGAGGGAAAUCUCCAGAGAAGUUUAUGUGAAAAAAGAAAGUCCUACUAAUAUGUCGUCAACCUUUUCAUCUCAUUGA